GAGAAAGCGGCUCUCAAUAAUAGGGUUUCCUUCCUCUCUUUCUCCAAAACUAAACAUCCAAGGCGAUUGAUUCUGUCGUGUGGCCGCGCGAUAAGCAAACGCAGGGGCGGAAGAACGGCGGAGAUGACUUCCAAGAUUAUGCUGAAGCCAAAGGGGAAGGCCGCCAAGAAGAUCGCAGUGACAUCGGAGGACGAAGACGGAGGAGCGGUGGCGGCGGUGUCCAAAUUCGUGAAGGUGUGGGGCACGUGGACUGCGAAGAAGGCCAAAGUCGUAGCCCAUUACGGCUUCAUCCCCUUAAUCAUCAUCAUCGGCAUGAACUCCGAGCCCAAACCCUCUCUCUCGCAGCUCCUUUCUCCCGUCUGAACAAUCCAUCCGCAGUAAUGAAGUACUAUGCCCUGUUCUUCUUCACUUUCCAUUAGUCGAUUUCACAGUUUCUAUUAGCCAUAUGUUGAGAGCUGAUACUUUUAUCUCGUCCUUUGUUUUUUUGAUGUGGUUCAGUGAGAUGCCAACUUCUUAAAAACCUGUUUAUACUUCCUGCUUUUAAGAACAUCAUAUCGACUCAAUAAUUAGAAUUGUUUUUUGUUCGGAUCAUUGGUGUGUUCAUACUUUCUUGCUUUCAAGUUAUAUCGUACAUCAAUGGCAGGCAGUUCUUAAGCUUGCAUAUGAAGUUUUUUUAAUUGCAGGUUAUCAACAAAUGUGGGUGCUUUCAAAGACAUCUGUUAUCCUUUUGUGUGUUAAUUUCUUGAAAAAAAAGAGGGGAACCAGACAAUCCACUGCGACAAUCCGAAUCCCCAAAUCUCUAAGUGAAGGAACCAGACAAUGAAGGGAUAAUUAAGAAAGCUAUUGCCAUUAU